AUGCAGGAACCACAAAGCCGUACCACUCUGCUGACAGACCUAUUUCAUAACCUGGUCGGAAAAUGGAGCUUGGAGCGCAAGUUACACAGCGCGGAUGCUUCAGAACCAUCUGGCAAUUGCACGGGAGAAGCAACAUUCACCAUCACUCAACCAUCUCCUGUCAUUGCUGAUGAUGGCUCCCUCCAGCUCGCUGAUGCCGAGUUGCUCUAUCAUGAACAAGGCGAAUUUGAGAUGACUCCAUCUGCCCAAGCUCAGGGCAACGUGGUCAAAUUUGCAUUUUCAAGAAAGUACAUCUGGCGCCUGCAGAAAGCUCAAACCGCCCAUACGAUCAGUGUGUGGUUUACGAAGCCUGGCACCAAUGUCAUCGACUAUCUAUUCCAUAAAAUCGACAUUCCUGUACGAUCUGAUGAUGACUGCAAGAUCCCUAUUCAAGAAAUCGUCCUCGAUGGAAGUGGUGGCCACCUUUGUGUCGAAGACUUCUACAGCAGCUCGUACUCCUUUCACUUGAGCGCACCCUCGAAAGGCUCGAACAUCCUAUCCUGGUUUAGGACAACACAUGAAGUUCGUGGACCUAAAAAGGACCAGCUAAUUGAAACCACCUUCUCACGACCCUAA